AAAAAUAAACAAUUUAGUCGGUAUAGCCUGUGACGGCAAGCACCCUCUUUCCUGCAGCCUCCCUUUACUUCCCUUUCCUACCCUUCUCCAACCAAGAUCAAUAUUCCUAGCCAAAGGGAGACGGAAAACCCCAACGUGAAGUGGAAGGGGUGUGAAUCAAAGCACUCUAUAGCCAAAGCCUGUUGCUGCUAGCAUACUUGAAACUGUCUUGGCUGAGAAAGUUUUAACUGGGCAGAUAAAUUUGAUUGAGUUUGAAAAAAGAGCGACAAUAAAGACUAGUGAUGUGUGGUGAGCUCAUAUCAAAAGAUUAUGGACAACCUGGGUAAUUGGACCAACGGUAUUAUCAAUGUGACAACACCAGUACCAGGGCAAAAUAGCGUAUCCAGUUUAUCAACUUCAGAACCAAUUGACAAGCUAUUAAUCGUCGCACCUUCAUUGGUGGCGGUGAACCAGGAUUUACGAUGGAUAUUCUUAUUACACACCUAUGGUUUUGCCUGCCUCUUUUUUGUGCUCAGCUUCUACACAUUUUUCUCCAUACUAAAUUUAAGAUCUCUCAUUUCAAGUCGCCCCUUUAUGUCAACUAUAAAUGUAUUCCUUUGCUUACUCGGUGCUUCGAGGUCUGGUUGUCUAUUCGUAGAUCCAUACAAUCUUAAAGAGACCAUGCCUCGAGUUAUUGGCUCAAUAAUGUGGGACAUCGGAUUUCCAUGUGUGACUUCUGCUUUUUGCCUAAUACAAUUGGCUUUUCUGCAACUAACACAGCUCAAGUUUGGUCCUGAAAAGCUACAGAAAGAAUCUUGUCUAAGUCUAAUAAUUACGGCUCAUUUCUCCUGCAUUAUAGCAAGCGACGGCGUUCUUGCCUUUCAUAAUCAUUACGUAGCGAAGUAUGUGAUUCAAACUAUAUUCCUUGUAUGGAGUAUUAUGCUGUAUUUGACUUUUCUUCAUGCUGGCUAUAAAGUCAUGCAUUUACUAAGAACUGUGCCAAAUAGUAUGCUAACGCGGGAUAAUUCUCACAUGAAUCAAAAAGGAAUAAUGCAGCUUGCUAUGCUUGCGCCUUACAAUAAUUUAGCCACCUCUGUAGCCGCGGCGCUAGUGCCAACUCUACUUGGCCCAAAGCUGCGAGCGUCUGAUGAUAAUAAUGUGCCUGGAAGUAUCGCUAAAGAUUCUGAGCAUAAUCAAAGCUUGAAAGCUCACUCGACAAACAUAGCAACAAAGAGCCUGGAAUGUAAUCGUAAAGACCCAGUUGCAUCGUCAACCACUUUGGGCACUCAGUUACUACUAUCAACGCAAGCUAAUCAACCAAUACCAGUAAUAUCUACCGUACCGGAAGUUUACGUUAGACCACCAACUCCAACGCCGUCGACUGCCAAUCUACCGAUUAUUACAGUUUCAAGCCCAAGCCGAAGAAGUUCAUUGGCAAGUAGGAGAGGGAGUGAUAUUUCUGGGUCAUCUAGACGUAACUCUGAGUGUAGCGUUAGAUUCAUCAAUGAAGAAGAGACAUCACCUUCUAGAGAAUCACAACGCAAUUCGGAGUUCAACGUCAAGCAGCCAACCAAUUCAGAAAGACCACGGACACCGGAAAGUAUAUUACGCAGACAUUCAGAAAAUGUUACACCUGCUAGUAGCACCAAAGACCUGAGAAGAUGCUCAGAUUUUACUCACGAAAAAAAUCGCAGCUCCCAAUUUGCAACCAAGUUGAGACGAAAUAGCGACUUUGGUAACAGAACACCGAAAAGACUGCUUUUGACUGAAGAACAAAGACUGCCUAGCGUGCUGGAUCAUAGCCCUACAGGUUCCAGACGGAAUUCGGACAUAGGCAGUUUGAUGACGACGACAAAAUUAGACUCUCGUAGAAACUCAGAAUUCUCCUGUCGAAGGAAUUCCGAAUUUUUCCAGAUCAAGCCUUUGGUAAUAAAUCGUCGGAGUAGCGACAUAAGUAUUAGAACACUGGAUAAAAGUCCGACACACUAUCAUAGCAUUGUCCCUGAAAAUCCUGAACUACAAGAAAAAUCAGAAUCCGAUUCUGAUCAACCAGAUUGCAACGAGAAGGCGGCAUUGAUGAAUAAUAAAUCCACACACAACAAAUGCAAUGAAAAGGAUGAAAUAGCUAAGACGAGGAAAAAAAAUUUGUCAUGGAAAAAUGACAAGUGUAAAGACGAUCCAGAAGAGAUUACAGCAGAAAGCAGUUUACUGCCAGAUAAUGCAACAGCAGAAGGCAGAAUUACGGGGGCUGAUUUUACACUUCACUCAAUAUUAAAUCAUAUUGCAUAUGUAAAUAGAGCUAAGUCUGAUACACCGCUGCAUAUACCCGAGGCUGAUACAGCCGCAGCACGAAAGUUACAAAUACGAAAAGUCUUGAACGUUACCUACACUACAGCAAUUUUGGGCAUAAUUUUGUGCGUUGCAGAUAUUGGCAGGAUAUUUGGUCCUUACGGACUUCUAGCAGAAACAGCUACGUAUGGCGCAAGGCAUAAUCCAGCACAAAUUCCCCAGCCAUGGCCCUGGCUACUAUAUCAAACCUUGUGCCGAGCACUGGAGCUCAUAAUGGGAUGUGCUAUGGCGAGUAUAACUAAACAGCCAUCGGUAAGCCCACGUCAUCAAUAUCUGAAUACCUAUCCCAGCUAUAGCUUACGCAUGAAACAAAGAGAAAAUCUUUACAUAUGAAGCAAUACUCAAUUUCAUUCUGAAAUAGACUGAAGAAAAAAGAGAAAGUAUAUCUCAACUGCCUGUAGAAAUUCAAAAACUCUGUAGGACUUUGGAAGUUGUUUACGCCGCUAGAAAAUUGUUAUUUUUGUGGAGAGAUUGAAAAAAUACAUUCAUGUUGGAAAAUAAAUAAAGGAAUGUUGAGUUCCAGCACUAUUACUACAGAAAAUAAUUGCAUGUAACAAAGUCCUUAAGGCUUUUACGAAUUUCCGGUGGUAUUCUGACUUAAAAUUCAAAACAUAAGUGGCAUGAAAUAACAGUAAUUACUGAUAUAACUAUCUUCCAAAUUGAUUCAUUUAAUUUCCUAGAUUGGUGAAAAGUAUAAACCACCCAUUUAGUGAGACUGUCCUUUCCCAACUUGACGAUUUACAAGAUAAAUAUGACGUGUAUAAAAUAUUUAUGAAUAUU